GCCUCCGCCCCCGUCCCCUCCUCCUCCUCUUCCAAGCUCCCGUCCUCGUCCUCUGCACCCCUCGCCACCCCUCGGCCCUCGCGCAAAGACGUAUUCCGCCCCCGCUUCCCGCUCGACCCCUUCGCCGGGGCCCCUCCCGCCGCCCUCGCAGAGCCGUGGUUCAUCAAGACCGAGCCGCUCUUUCACGCGACCUCCCUGCGCAGGAGCAAUGUCAUCCUCAUUCUCGGAGCGCCCACCCUCGAGCAGAUUGCGCCCAUCCUGCAGUCCCGUCAACUCUCCAAGUCGCUCGUCAUCCUCGCCACCCACAGACCCCCAGACAUCCCCGGCGUUGCGAUCCCAUCUGUGCGUAUCCUCCAUCUCUCUGCGCCUUUGGCGCUAGAGGACGCUGGUGCGGUGCGUUUCGUCACCGUGCUCGAAUGGGCCGAGCGCGUGGCCAGGUUAUGGCGCAAACACGGUGGCGACGGCGUUCUCGAGCUCUCCGAAGAUGUCGACAUCAACAGCGAGCUUGCUCCCCCCUCCGCCCUGCGUUUCGGCUCACAGAGCACGCCGGCUUCCCCUGGCAGCUCCUCCAUGCAUCUCUCCUCAGACUCUGUCGCGUCCUCGACUUCCCGGCGGUCUUCUCGUUUCGCCUCUCGACCCUCCUCGAUGGCCGCGCUCUCCAUCCGGCAGAAGAAGGUCUCACUCCCGCCCCCAGAUCCAUCCCAGCGACCGUUUGACGCUCUGGUCAACUUCCUCCCCGAGCAGGUGUCGGACAAGGCACUACUGAAGAAUUCCAUCCUUGUGACCACCAUCUCCCGACCCUUCCUGACAUCAAGUGUUCAUCCAUCGGCGGCCCGCUCGCGCGCAAACUCUUCCUCUUCUCCACGUCCACGUUCUAUUUUCAACGCGUUUUCCCGGAGCACCACCUCCGUCUACCUCUCUCCAACUCCUCCCUACCACUCAGGCGACUCGCUCCCGCUUGUCAGCUCGCUCCCGGCGCCGCUGGCGCGCUCGCUCCUCGUGCACCUUCUCCCGCCACCGCACCGGAACGAGUCCCCGUCCUCACGGCGCAGGCUCGUGGAGAGUGUGGAGGGCUUCCUCGUCUCGUUCGCCUUUCAGAGCGCGGUCGCCCCACCUCAGCCCCCGCGAUCGUCGCGGAUGUCGUCCUCAGGAGGGAUCGGGAUGGGAUGGCCAGGACCGAGUCCUCUCGAGCGGGCACGCCCCUACGUCAUGGAAGCCUCAACGUUCCGAGGCACGGUGUCGUGGGAGCCCGGGCUCGCUGCGGAGUACGAAGAUUGGACGGUCGCCGACGUCGUCCUCUGCGGCGCGCUGGACGCAGACGUAUCUGCGAGCCCGAUCGCCGCACAGAAGGCAACCAAGAUGGCCAAGCGAGCCUGGAUAGCCAACGCGGCAGAUCUCAUCAUCAUGCCUUCCGGCUCACCCGACAACGAGAAGGAGGCCGCAUCGACUCCCUCG